UUGUGCUUCUUGUAAAAAAAUGCUUCUACGAAGCUCUUCAACGCCGAUACUGAAUUCGUGGAUACCAAACGCGAAAGAGUCGUCUUUACCGGAGCUAGAAACACUUCACCAAAUACAAAGAUCUAAAUCCAUCACAUUAACAGCUUCGUCUCCAACUCCUCAAUUUUCUCCUCCACAAAACGAUGAUUCUUUUAAAAUUAUGACGAGAGCGCUCUCAGAGACCGAUCUUCGAAGCUGUACUGUGCCGCCCUUGCCAAAGAAGAGACUGUCCAACACAUUUAUCAGUGCAGUGGCAGUCGCGGAGGAAGACGAAAUCGGCACGGCGUCUUUGGAUUGUAGUUUGUUUUCGAAUUCUGGAUUAGCGAGUGAAGAGGGUGACGCUCGUGUUAUGGUAGGUGGUGGAGUGUACGGUGGUGGCGGGAAGAUGUGUGGUGGCGGUGGAAGUGGAUCGAACGGUGGAAGUGGAGAUGGAAGGUGGGAGUCAAAUAAUAAUGGAAAUGAUAAAACUGAUGUUUAUUAUCAGAAGAUGAUCGAAGCUAAUCCUGGAAAUCCGCUACUUCUUAGUAACUAAGCCAGAUAUUUGAAAGAGGUUCGCGCGGACUUCGUGAAGGCAGAGGAGUAUUGCGGGAGAGCAAUUUUGGCAAACCCAAAUGAUGGAAAUGUUUUGUCUAUGUAUGCGGAUUUGAUAUGGCGGAGUCAUAAGGAUGCUCCUCGAGCCGAAGCUUAUUUUGAUCAAGCUGUAAAAGCUACUCCUGAUGACUGUUACGUUCUUGCAUCAUAUGCUCGAUUUCUUUGGGAUGCUGAGGAGGAAGAAGAAGAAGAUGAGGAGGGAGAAGAUAUGACCAAAACAGCAGAACCUAUUUAUUUCCAUGGACUUUCUUCUGGACCUUCUCCAAUAGCUGCUGCUUCUUAGAUUCUCCACCUGUUGUCUUUCUUGUAUCAUAGUUUGGACAUAACCUUCUGACCUUUGUUUAUACCCCCUGUAGAUUUCGUUAACCUUUUCCUGGCUUUUGAGACGAGUUGUAUUGUUAACCUGUAACUUCUAUUUAUGUUAUUAUUCUUCGAGCCA